AUGCAGACUGCUUUCACUUCUACAACUUUAUCUGCAACCACUAUAAUUGAAUCUACAACUCCUGAGUGUAGAGAUGAGGACUGUCAGUGUGCCAGCGGUAUCUGUAAAUACAAUUCAACACUUGGACGCUGUCAAUGCCAAUGUCAAGAUUUUGUCUUCGGUGAUAUCUGCUCUUUCGGAGACAAUGACACCUCUGCCCAUAUUGAUACCGGAGCAAUACCAACUCGAAAAACAAAUUUUACCUUGUCAAUCCAGAUGGAUUUUCAGCUUGCUUUUAAUGAUUUAAACUCAACUCAAUCACAAGAAUUCAUCAACACAUUAGUCCUUCAGCUUCAAGCCCUAUGCAAAGAAGCGGACCCACAAAGCUUUGAAAAAGUACAAAUCAUCAAGUUAUCAAACGGAAGUGUUGUUGCAGCGAGUGUGGCAGAAUACAGCUAUCUAAAUAAUGAAACACAAAUCCAGUUUGUCAACACUGAGCUUGAGAGGGUGUUGACUGAUAUCUUGAACAAGACAAGUAACCUAAAUAAGAUUUCUCAGGCCUUUGGUAACAGCAGUGUGAAGUUAAAUGAAAUCACCUUCCUACCACCUGAAAUUAACAAUAUUACAGAACUGCAGCCUUAUGUUAACUGCACUGGGUUUGCUAAUUACACUGCUGAGAUAAGUAAUGGUCAAUGGCAGUGUGUUGGACAUUGUAAAACCGAUCCUAAUUACUGCAAUCAGCAUGGACAGUGCCUCAAUGAAAUUCACAAAGGGCCUAUAUGUCGGUGCUUUGAGUCAAGCCUGCUGCAGUUUUAUGGUCCACAGUGUGAAUUCUCCCGCCGGGGUCCAGGUUUCUAUGGAGCCCUGUUUGGAUCAUUGGCAGGAGUACUCCUGCUCUUGAUUGUCAUUGUCAUUGCUGUCUUUGCCAAAAGGAAAUAUACAGGAAUUUGGAGCUACACCUUUAACAGAAGACUGUCUGUUUUGGAGGAUGAUUUCUUUGACUUCUCUGAUUCAGCGUACUAUAACUUGGGAAUGAAAGACCCUUACUUAUCAGAGGCCUAUAGACCCCAUCUAGGAAAAGUGCCGGUCACAACAAACGAUCCAGAGGUGUGGGACAUCAACCCCUAA